UAGGUUAUGUGCUUGCUUAGAUAGAGGUUGAACAUUAGAAACCUUAAAGCAGAAAGUCCUGAAACAUAAGUUGUUGUGGAUAUUAUCGGCCAUCAUGGCUUCGACUCCCUCCACCUCUGCCUUGUCUGCUGUUCUCCGGUGUCGGGGAAAUAUCUGGACCAGGAAUCCGCCGACCAAGCGGCCUGCCGCCUCGGCGUGCAGCCUCGGGCUGGCCGGCGUCUCGCCAGCAGAGCGCGCCCAGUCAAACCAGGCAUCAGCGUGGGAGGCUUUUCUCCAAGGAGACCGUGUUCUGGUGGGAAGAAGAGUGACUGUGGCGUACAAAUCGCCCCGGGUGGAAAUUAUUAAAUUAUGUCAACCAAAAUGUUUGCAAUCCUCAAGGGACACGCGCUCAGAUAUGCCUGGUGUCCAAAACGCGCUGGUGCGUCAGCUGUUACGCAGCCUGUCAGCUAACCUGCCUGGAAUAGACAAAUGUUCUCAAAUAAUUCAAAAGAUUAAACACGAAACAUGUGCUAUACACAUUUGUAAAAUAGUAUGUGUUCAGGAAAUCAAUACAUUUCCAGUUGGUGUUUUAAAAGUGUCCAUAACGUCCUCAUGUUUGGUGGAACAUUCAGGACAAAUACCUUCUUUCGUGUUAACUGGCUGGUCAACACUGAAGAGUACCUGCUUAUCUUUGACUGCUCUAGUGUCAGGAUUUAUGUUUUUGAAGCUGGCGCUGUUGUGGAGGUCCAGCAGCAUCCCCGAUGAUGCGCUUCAGCAUCAAAACAUCAAAAAUAAUGCCCUGCAGGCAAAUGGACAACCUCCUCCAAGGUCAACUCCGGCUCUGGACAAAUGAUCCCAGAGGACAGACCUGACUGAGAGUCCAAGGCCUCAGCACCAAAAAUACACACUAUGAUCUAACCUUAUUUACUGACUUUUACUUGGCUUUCACAAUGCACAGAGCACAUGUGGACUUCAACCCAGUGACAUGAAAACAACUGAUUGUUUUUAGAGCAUUUUUAUUUUUGCUUUAAGGAAAAGCAAGCAAUGCUGUAACAAGAAAUACAAAGUAUAGUAUAUUAAAGUGUAUACAAAGUACAUGUAGUGAAAGGUCAAACUCCUCUAUAAUACUUUUAUACUUUCCAUCUGUUUUAAGGACACUCGCAUUGUUUGUAGUACAUUUUACUUGAAGUAUUGGAGGCCUGCUGCUGGAUAUAAUAAAUAUUCAAAUAUAAUAAUAUUUUUUUGGUGUAUGAUUUGCACCAAAAGCUUAUUUUACAAACAUGGAUAUUAUAUUUUGGA